CUGGGAGCGCUCCGUCGAUAUGUACAGACAGCGGCAAGCUCGAUGGCAAUCUCUACUACCAUUAAUAAUCAGCCUGCUGGUGGCUCCCCUGGACUCCGCGCAAAUACUCUUCAUCAAUCCGUUUGAGCUUUUUUCUCAAUGUUUGCUAAUGACACCGUUCAUAGAGGGACUGGCGCAUCGGGGUCACCAAUUGACGGUGGUUCACGCCUACGAAGUGUGCAAGACCAUAGAAAAUGUGCGAUUUAUACGCGUGUUGGAUGAACAUAAUGCUAAUACGUACUUUACGGAAUUCCUCUUCGCCUCAGGCACCAGCAAGUGGCGUGAAAUGGUGUCCAUUGGCAACUUCAUGAUGAAGGCCUCACUCAACAUUCUCCACAAUCAGGAGGUGCGUUCGCUGCUCGACUCAAAUGCCACCUUUGAUUUGGUUGUCGUGGAGCCGGCUUUCACGGAUGUCACCUUUGGUCUGGCCACCCGGUUUAAUGCUUCGCUGGUGGGUCUGGCCACCUGCGGUGCCGAUUGGAAUUUGAAUAAUCUAAUGGGUCAUGAAUCCUCACCGCUGCUGGAGCCACUACUGCCACUCGGACUGAGCUCUGUGGACAGUCUGUGGAGUCGCAUCUACAAUUGGUAUUACAUCUCCGAGGAGUGGCUGCUCAUGCAGUUGGUCUUUCUGCCCAAACAGCGGCAGGCACACGAUCAUUUCUUUGGCCAGUUCGAGCAGAGCUUCAGCCAGACGCGGCACAACUUUGCGCUGAUCUUGCUGAAUCAACAUUUCAGUAUAUUUGCUGCCAGGCCGAGUGUGCCGGGCAUGAUUGAGGUGGCGGGCAUGCACAUACCCGCAGAGGAUCCACAGCUGCCGAAGGAUCUGCAACUGUUCAUCGAUGGGGCGCCGCAGGGCGUCAUCUACUUUGCACUUGGUGUGGAGAUGCAGAGCAAGGACUUGCCUGGUGAGACGCUCCAAAUGCUGCAGGACAUCUUUGCGGCCCUGCCACAGCGCGUGAUUUGGAAGUUUGAGCGGCAGCCUCCUGCCAAUCUCAGUGAUAAUAUCUACAUGGAUCUUAUGCUGCCACAACAGGCCAUACUGGCGCAUCCCAAUGUCCGGCUGUUCAUCUGCCACGGUGGCAUGUUGAGCAUCAUCGAAGCGGCGUACUAUGCCAAGCCCGUGCUGGGUUUUCCGCUCUUCUACGAUCAGUACCGGAAUGUGGACAGACUCGUCGUCGAGGGUGCCGCACACAUACUAAAAAUCAAUGCACUAGACAGACAAGAGCUACAGCAAACCAUCCAAAGAAUGAUCAAUCAGCCAGAGUAUCAGCAAAAUGCCUUGGCCAUAUCCCAAAGAUUUCGCGAUCAACCAAUGCCGCCCCUGGAGACGGCCCUCUACUGGACGGAGUAUGUCCUGCGGCACAAAGGAGCGCGGCAUAUGCGCAUCUCCGCAUCGCACAUAAAGCUCAUCGACUACUAUUGUCUGGACAAAUUGCUGAUGAUCUUUCUGCGUUUAUCAUUUGUCGUGUCUUUGGUCCUUGUGGUGCUGUCCAAAUGGACCUACGGCCUGAAUUGGUUGACCAAAAUGGCAAUGCGACUGCAACGCGCGGCGUAGUUUUAUUUUGCUUUGUUUUACAGCUGAUUACAGUUUACAGCUGGAACAAUCGAAUGAUAAGUGAGGCGCUAUCUAAUCUCAAUUACCAUUUUGUUUACGGCCGA